GAGGAACAGGAAGUGAAUGGCUAACUCUGAAAACGAUUAUGCGAGUACAAUAAAAGGGACGAUGUUGAAACUAGUGUCGUGCCAAAUCACAGAUUAGCGUUUUCUUUCUGAACACGAUUUUUACUCAAUCACGGAUGUUACCGACAUGGCAAAAACUCCGUGGAUUAUUAUUUUAUCAGUCAUUCUCCUGUCAUCUCAGGUGAACUGUCAAGAGGCAAUCUUGCACAUCUCAAAUGGAGCCACAGAUAAAGAAUACUGCCUGGUCUACAACUCCUUAUGGACCAACCUGUCACUCUCCCUCAGCGCUGCUACGGCGUAUCCCCUGGUGAACCUGUCCUCCAGCCUACUUUGUAGCUCUGCAGGGGUGAGCCCGGCCACAGUGAGGGGCAAGGCGGUGGUGGUCAUGAGAGGGAAGUGUACCUUUAACCAGAAGGCUCUGGUAGCCCAGGACCUGGGGGCUGCCGCUCUGAUCGUUGCCAGCAAUACAUCUAUGAGUCCCCCGGCAGCCAAUGUGACAGAGGAUGAGAAGGUCCAGAUUCCGCUGGCUCUGAUGAGAUACAGGGACUUCCUGGACGCACAGAAUGUGUUUGGUGAGGAGAUGCAGGUUAGGCUGUAUGCCCCGGCGGUGCCUGUGUUUGAUGCCAGCAUUGUGGUCAUGCUGCUCAUAGGAGUAGUGACUGUUGCUCUGGGAGGCUACUGGAGCGGAGCCUGUGAGAGAGAGAGGCUGAGUGCAUCUCGAGGAGGAGGGGGAGGGGGAGGAGAGGAGAAGAGUGACAGUGGGGACUUGGCUCUGCACUCUCCCCUGAAGGUGGUCAUCUUUGUAGCGCUGAUGUGUCUGAUGCUGGUACUCAUGUACUUCUUCUACAAGUACCUGGUGUAUGUGAUCAUCGCCAUAUUCUGCCUAGCGUCUGCCACCGCCCUCUUCAGCUGUCUGGACGCCCUGUUGGACCUGGCCAAGUGUAGCCCCAUGAGUGUGACGGUCCUGGGUAGGAGUGUAUCCGUGAGGUCGGUGCUGCUGUCUGCUGUGUGUGUCACCGUAGCCGUGGUCUGGGGAGUCUACAGGAACGAGGACAGGUGGAUCUGGAUCCUGCAGGACCUCCUGGGUGUGGCCUUCUGUCUCAACUUCCUGAAGACCAUCUCACUGUCCAACUUCAAGAUCUGUGUGAUCCUGUUGAGUCUGCUGCUGCUGUAUGAUGUAUUCUUUGUCUUCAUCACUCCUCUGUUCAUGCCGAAUGGGGAGAGCAUCAUGGUCCAAGUGGCCAUGGGUCCAGACGCAGCAGGAGAGAAGGGUAACACGGUGGAGGUGCCAGCCGAACCCUCGACUACAUAUGAGAAACUCCCGGUAGUGAUGCGUGUUCCACGGUUCUCUUCAUGGGCACAGAACCUGUGUGGCAUGCAGUUCUCCAUCCUGGGCUAUGGGGACAUUAUCGUACCAGGUCUUCUGGUGUCCUAUUGCAGCAGGUUUGAUGUGUGGGUCAACAGCCCCAAGAAGAUCUACCUUUUCUGCUGCUGCAUAGCCUACCUGUGUGGUAUGGUUGUGACGUUUGCGGUGAUGUUGGUGACUAAGAUGGGGCAGCCAGCCCUGCUCUACCUGGUUCCAGUCACCCUGCUGGUAUCUGCUCUGCUGGCCUGGAGGAGAGGGGAGAUGAGGCAGUUCUGGAACGGGACCACGUACGAGGUGUUGGACUCCACCAGGGAACCCUUACUGCCAGAUGGAACACCUGACUAUGACAGCAGAGGAGGAAAGUGCUGACUACAGCUGAUCCAGGAGCCAACCAACAAACCAACUGCUGGGGCUCUUUUCUACUCUUCAAAUCAAGCAUCUAGUUCAUCAUCCAUGGGAUGCAAGGGAAAUACUAUAGCUAGUCUAUCAAUCAAUACAGAUUUAUACUGGGGAAAUGUAGUGGGGAGGGGUUAGGGGUAUGGGUUGAUUGGACAGUGAGACAGUUAAUUUGAGAGGCUUACUAGUGGCUGAGAAUGCAGUGUGUUCAUAUUAUGGGGUGUUUGAGGAACUAUAAUAUUAAAAUGAUGCCUAAACUGUAUUGCCUUGGUAACCGAUACAAGUGAUUUAUUGAGAAAGCACUUUAAUACUUAUGUUAGCAGGUUUGUGGGUUUUUUAAAGUGAAAGUUAAACUGUAGAUGAAGUUAGAUUUUUUUUUAAUAACUGCUGUUCUGGGGUUUUCUGUAUAACUUGUUUGUAUUAUUGAGAAACACAAGCUUUGAUUGCUUUUGUUGCCUUAAAUUAGUCCAUUCUGAUUUCA